AUGUCCAACCUCUUCUCCGGCAUCAACGCCCGGCUGCGGGGCGCCACAGCCAAGCAUGCGGAUAAGGACAAGGACUCGAAACCACCAGCCUCUCCCACAACGAAGGAUGGGUUUCUUGCUUCUCCCAUCUCAGUGAAGAAGAGCAAGUCGUCGAGCAAUCUAGUUGUCUCCACAAAGCUGCCACCUCUGCCGACAUCUCCCUCCCUUUCCCAGACCAUCAGCCUUUCAGCCACUGGUGAGGAGAUUUUAGCCUCAUAUCGCCUGCCCAAGCCAUACCCGUUAUGGCUCAACGCCAACUAUGCAAAGCACAUUGUGAAGGGCAACUUCAUGACUCUUAGCGCACGGCCAAAAGUAGUUGAGCAGGGAGAAUGGAUCGCUCACCAAGUGGUUGAGCACUGGCGCAAUCUCUGGAACUUCAUUCAAGUUGUAUAUGCUAAAGAGCAGGAUGGCAAGAGUAUAUGCAACAUCAAUACUUGUCCCAAGAUGUCUGCUGGGCCCAACCAUUCAUACACAUGGCUGAACAGCCGCUACGAACCCAUCGAAUUGCCCGCCCAUGAAUACAUGCAGCUCAUGCAGCGCUGGAUCUCGGGCAAGAUCGACGACCAGAAGCUCUUUCCGACCGAUCCGCAGACGGUUUCGUACGCCCCGAACCCAAGCAUCGCCAACACCACCCUCCUGACUGGUGGAGAUGAAUGGAUCGGCAAGCGCAGCGGCUUUCCCAAAGAUUUUGCCAGCAUCUGCCAAACUAUAUUCCUGCAGAUGUUCCGUGUCUAUGCUCAUCUUUAUUGGGCCCACUUCGUCGACCCCUUCUACCACCUAAACUUGGAGAAGCAGCUCAACAGUUGCUUCUGCCACUUCAUCCUGACCGCGACCACUCUCGACAUGCUCAAGCCAUCGGCGCUGGAGCCCAUGCAGCCUCUGAUCGACCUAUGGGCGGCCAAUGGCACUUUCCCGCCAGAUUCCAAAGCUUACGAGUAUGCAAAUCUGAAGGCGGGCAACCGUCUGUUGCAGCUGGCAGGCCUGGCUUGA